AUGAAUAUCAAUUGGAAUUAGAACGGAAAACGAUAAAGAUGAGACUCUACGCCAUCGUAUUUAUAUUCUGCACACUACUAGUUAUUCAACCCAAAAUUUCGGAAGCUAGUAGAACAGCUCUGAGAGGGCAUCACCGAAGUUUGGUAAAAGCAAAGCAUGCUUCCAUUAGAGGCAGAACUAAUGAAACUGCAGGGGCUACUGAAGUUGCAACGGCAACGACAGCGGCAGCGGCAAAAAGCAAACUUAAAUUGGGCGAUCUUACGGAAAAGAUGUAUAAUCACUGCCAGGAUAUAUUUAAGGAAAAGAAUUUGGUUAGCCACGUGAUUCGUGGCAUGAUCGGAGGAAUUUUGGAUCGACUUAACGAAGUGUGUCUGGACAAACCCAUCCACCCACUUAUCCACAGAGUCUUUACGGAAAUACUUCUAUGUGGAGGGAGCCUGUCGGAAGCCGUGGACGUCGUCAUUGACAUUAUAUUUGGGCGGUUUGAAAGAAAAUGCAGGGAAAGACCUGGAUUCCAUAGUGUUUAUGUUCUUACCAGUGCGGAUAACGAAGUAGUGGAGACGAAGCAUAUAAAAUAA